AUGGGAUCAGUUCAGUCCAAGAGUUUAUCCAUGUCUUCAUCGGAGUCUAUGUGCUCAUUUGGACGAACUGGCUCAUUCUUGGAGUACGACAGAGUAAAACAUCUCUUGAGUCGCGGGGAUUUGAUUGAAGUAUUGAGGGGUCGAUACAGACAUUGGGUGUUCUUCGAGUCGGUCGACUACUACGGGAAUGUCAUGUGCUUUCAUAUCACGGCUGUUCAUGAUGGAGAUGCCGAUGACAAGGGCACAGACCUCACGAGGACUGGCGUCCGCAAAGAGAUGUCAUUCAAUGGCAAAGCGCUGCUUAAAUAUGAGCCGUUGGAGGAUAUCCUCAAAGACGCGGAUAGUCCGCAGCCAUCGCUCUGUCGGAUCAAUAACCAGGAGAUCAUGGCUUCGCAGAUGCUCAAGAUUACAGGCAAUCAGUGCCAGACUUGGAUCAAGUUCACUGAACUGCGAGCACUACAUCACGUUCUGGAAGUAUGGCAUCGGGUGGUCAUCACAGGUGAACCCUUUAAGGAUAUAAGCACCGCCGCCCUGAAGACGGUGUCCACUUUAUGUGACACUACUAGCCGUUACCUACAGCAUAACGGGUGCUUUAUAUGGGGUAUCGCUUGUCUCCUGAUAUCAGUGGUCUCUUCAGUGGUCUCUUCAAUGGCCGCCAAAGUGGUCGAAGAAGAAAUUGAUUUGACUCUUAAGACCCUUAAACUCGAGGAUAUCAUCAGACAGUCCACCGCUAAUUGAGCCAUUGAUUCAGUUUUUACUCUUUUAUAACUUGAAAUGAUUUUUAUUACGGUAUAAGAUUAAAAAGGAAUUCCUUCUAAAAGUGAUAGGGUUUACCAUAAAAAUAUUUUCAGUUUUAGUUGAUAAGACCCUGAGUCAAUUUGAUUCUACCGUAUAUUAUUUUAU